UGUGGGAGGCCAGCUGGACGAUAAACGCAAGGAGAUGCUGAAGCGUCACCCUCUGUCUCUCUGUAUAGACCUCAAGUGCAAAGACGGUAGUGUGCUGCAUCUGUUCUUCUACUACCUGAUGAACCUCAACAUCUUGACUGUGAAGGCCAAAGUGUCCACCUCCCACCUGACCAAUGUGGUCAGCGCUGGGGAGUUGUUGAACGCAGGCACACUGUUGAACUGCCUCUACACCGCUGAUCAGGGAAAAGAAACCCCAAAUCCUGCAAAUCGCUACCAGUUUGACAAAGUCGGGAUCGUCACUUUUGGAGAUUAUGUGGGAGAUUUGGGCCACCCUUACUUGUGGGUGCAGAGUUUGGGUGGGCUUCAGUUUCCCAGCGACAACCCUGAGAGCGCCGGGGUGGGGAGCAAGCUGAGCGCCAGUCACAUGGAGCACACCAUGAAGCUGCUCAGGAGCCGCCUGCAGGCUCGCCUGGCCCUGCACAAGCAGUUCAUUUCACUGGAGCACGGCAUAGUGCCUGUGUCUGCCGAGUGCCAGGACCUCUUCCCCGCCAAAGUGAUCUCCCGUCUGGCUCGCUGGACUGCUAUCACCUACCAGGAGUUUGAGGAGAUGCCAAUGGCGCAGCAUGUGCUGAAGGUCGGCCUGGCUCACAAGACGGACCUCUUCUUCAUGGCGGUGGUGGAAAGAGGAACAGCCCGUCUGAAUGCAGUCGUGGUGCUGAACCCCCGCUACCCCGACGUCACGCCCUUGUUCUCCCUCUCUCUGAUGUGGAAGGGCGAGCGCACUGGACGCACAGACGACAACCUGCGGGCCAUGGAGAGUGAGGUCAACGUCUUCAGGUCGGAGCUUCAGGGACCGCGCCCUGGCCACCAGCUAUUGACCAAUCAGCUCCAGCGCCUGAACGUGUGUCUGGAUGUGUACCUGGAGACGGAGAGCCAGGUGUGUGACGGGAUGGAAGGACCGAGAGAGUUCCCCAGGGAGAAGAUGUGCUUACGCACGGCCAGGGGUCCAAAUCGUCUGAAACCCUUCAAGUACAACCAUCCGCAGGGUUUCUUUAGCCAUCGCUGAUCUCCAUCGCUCUUUCCGGAAGAAGCUCGCUCCCAGCUGCUUCCUUACGAGUGAUCAAAUGCGUUCCUUUCCAGUGACCUAUUUUUACGCAACUUUUAAUGUUGGUUAGGGGUAAAAAAAAUCCCAAAACAAAUAAAUGUUCUUCAGUUUUUGUAAAGCGUUUGAUGUGUGCCAGUUCAUGGUGUCACUGUGUCUCUUGUUUUUUUUCUGUUGCCUGUCUCCCCUGUUUCGCUCAGUCUUGACAUUUCUAAAUAGAACAUGGAGCUCGA